AUGGAAGCAGAUGGUGUGCUACAAGGAUUUUCCAACAGCGUUGAAAUGCAUGGUCUUAAAUACAAUUGUUUAAUUGGUGAUGGAGAUAGUAGCGUUACUAAGCGGUUAGCCGAAAGUCGACCAUAUGGCUUUAACUUUACAAUAAGAAAAAUUGAGUGUAAAAACCAUCUUAUGAGAAAUUAUGCUUCGAAACUAACAACACUAGCUAGAAAUUCGAGUUACCCUCUUCGUGUUCGCAAAUUUAUAUUAUCAAACAUUAAGAGAUUUAGAUGUGAUGUUCAGAUGGCAGCAUUACAUUGGAGAAAAGAAAUCAAUAUUACCAAAACACAAAAAAUUAAAGGUCUCAGAAGUGAUUUAAUCAAUGCACCAUAUCACAGACUUGGUUAUCAUUCAAAUUGUAGGUCAUAUUUUUGUGAUCGAUCAAAACAAAUUCAAUUAAAUUUAGUCCCAGAAGCUGAAACUAGUGGAAUGAUGAGGGAAAUAGUGAACAUUGCUUCAAGGCUUGUAACUAAUGCGGAAAGUUUAUUAGAAAAUAAGACUUCUAAUAUCUGUGAACAGUUUAAUUCUGUUAUUAAUAAACACAUUGCCGGAAAACGAUUGAAUUUUAGUAGUAGAGGUAAUUAUAAUACGAGAGUAGAAGCUGCGAUUGUGUCAUUUAAUUCCAAACAAUAUUUAAGACAAAUUCAUAAAACAUUAACUAAAUGUAGUCCAGGAAUAUUUGGAAAAAAGUUUUUGAAGAACCGUCAAAGAAUACGGCUUAAUACCAGUAAAAGAAGGCAAUUAUUUCCGGAAAAAAGAAAAGCUAAAAAAUCUAAAACGGAUGGAGAAGACGAAGAUUAUGGACUGGCUGAACCUCUAAUAGAAUUUUUUUCAUCAGAAGAAAUGGAAAACAAAAAAAUUACAUUUUUAGAAGAAUUAGGUCGAGCUGAUGUAAAAAAAAUCGAAUUUGAAACUCGAGAACAAAGCAACAGUGAAAUGUGGUACAACGAACGUAAAAUACGACUAACAGCUUCAAGAUUUGGUCAAAUUUGUAAAAUGCGGUCAAACACUAGCUGCAAAAAUGUAGUUCAUAAUAUUUUAUAUGCUUCUGACAGUCUACAAACAAAAUCGGUACAGUAUGGUAGAGAAAUGGAGACUUUAGCUCGUCAAAAAUUUGAACAAUUGUCGAAAGAAAAAGUUUAUGAGAAUGGUUUGAUUAUAGAUCCAGAAUUUCCAUUUCUAGCUGCCAGCCCAGAUGGUCUUAUUGGUGAACAUUAUUUAUUGGAAAUAAAAUCGAUGCCAUUGAAGCAGUGA